AUGGUAACACACGAUAUGUUAAAUACAGAUGUUGAACAUCACUUGGAACUUGAAGAAAGCCGAAAACCAGAAUUGUUGGGGAAGCGCUUCGUAAUACCAAAGCUCGAUUAUGUAAAUACUCACAUGCUAUUUAAUAAUAUCGAGUACGUAGAGUUAAGCGGCCCAAUGUGUUGCGGUUGCGAUUUUGUUGCUGAAAGUACAAAUAACCUUAUGGAGCACAUUAUCGCGAAACAUACGCACAUUACAAAAGCACCGAACGAUUCAUUCGUUUGUGAUGUUUGCUAUGAAGCGUGCGAAGAUGAGCAUCAACUACAGAGCCAUCGGCAGUGGUUCCUAAAUACGGAACUUUUUGUUUGCCAUUAUUGCUCGUACGGUUUCACUUGUAAAGAACAUCUAACGCGGCACUUGAGUACGUGUAUCGAGCAAGAGAAAGAAGGUCAGCAAAAUGAACAUAUAGAACAGAAAAAAUCACUAGCUGAUCAUCUACUGACGGAAAUAGACGAUAAUGACCACCAUGUUGCGAUCAUUCUCGACAAUGCCAAGGUAACUGAUAUCACCCAGCAACAGUCAGUGAACUGCGAGUCUACCAAAACCAGCAGUUACGGAUGCUGUUUUUUGCGCUGCGAUGCAACAUUCGAUCGGGAAACCGAGCUGCACCGUCACGUACGGGAAUUGCACGCCGUCCGUCAACGGAUUCAUCGAAGCGAACGUACAUCCGAUCGGUACGUGUGCGACACAUGUCAGCUAAACUUUAAAAGCAAUAAAACGUUGCAACGACACCGAAACGGUUGGAAGUUGAAGCAGAACAACGUUUGCAUUCAUUGUCGUAAAGGAUUUGUUACUCCUGGUGCUUUAAAAGAUCAUGUGCAGCUGCUGCAUAUCGACACAUCGCCACAGUUCCCGUGUGAGCGUUGUGGCAAACAAUUCAGGAAGAGUUCGCUUCUCAAGUUGCAUCUGAUAACCCACCGGCAGGAUCGACAGUACGGUUGCGAUCAGUGUGAUGCACGAUUCCACUUCGGCUAUCAGCUGAAGAAGCAUCGGCAGGCGGUUCACACGACGGAGUUUCCGUACGAAUGUAGCCACUGCAACCGAAAGAUGCCAAACAAGCACCGGUACGAUCUGCACAUGCGAAUGCACACGGGCGAAAAGCCGUACGCGUGUCGGUAUGACUGUGGUCGUAAGUUUGCACACGCGACCGAUCGCCGAAGGCACGAAAUGGUCACACAUACCGGCGAGAAACCACACCGUUGCAACAAUUGCAGUAUGGCCUUCGUUAGACGCAGAGAAUUGCAGCAACACUAUCGACAAUUCCCAGCACAUGAUGCGGAUAUAGCGGCAAUGUUGCGGUCGGACACGUCGGAGGACGAUUUGCCACCGCUGCUACCACCGUCACCGCCGAGUAUUAGCCCUGGUCCGUCUGCGGACAGCAUGUUGGUGGACGAACUGGAAGACAGUUUGCCACUGCCGCCUUUCGUUUUGUGUGCCGGUCGGACUAAUUCCUUUACACAGCACCUUCUGGCGAUCCGGUUGCACACCGGUCAGGGCGAACAGCUGAGCCUUGAACAGCAUCGGUUCCUCGUCGAUUUCGUAUGUGUAAAUGUGUUCCAAUUACAACUGUCCACAAUGAAUUAUAAACACUGCCGAAUAUGUUUCGAACCAGACCAGGAUGAUCUGAUUUCGGUACGGCUGAUGCAGGGAAGCAUAACGAUCGAGGAGAUGAUACGGAUCAUCACAAGCAUUUCAGUGUCCGAGGAUCGUCGUUUACCGCAGAACAUUUGUCUCCAGUGCUUGGAUCGGUUGAAAGUAGCAUACGAUCUACGCCAGCAGUGCAUCCAGACAAAUAAUCGGCUGUUAGUGGAAUUAGGAUGCAAUCUAGAUGCAACGAGCGAUACAGUUGAGCAGAAAGUACAAGUCAUAUCCGAAUUCAGCACAGCAGCAGUUGGCGAAAAUAAUGAUGAGAUUGAGAUAAUUGAAAACGGUUCUUACGUUGAACAUGUGCUGCAAGAACCGGAGCAACCAGAACACGCAAUUACAGAACAUUAUGCAGCAAACGAAGGGAUAAACUAUGCAUGCUGUGGAUGUACCAUGAAUUUCAGCACACAGGAUAAGCUAGAAGAGCACGCCGUUCAACUGCACCGGAAUGGAAAAACAUUCUCGCAAUUUGGUGAUUUUAUCUGUCCAACCUGCUACCAGUCGUUUCCGAAUCAAUCUAUGCUGGAUCUGAUUGAUUUUGAACCUUCUACAAAUGAAUCUAGACCGUUUGAUCAGGACGAUUCAUACGCUGAUGAAGGUGAACUGUCGAUUGAUAUCGAGUUUAAUGAUGCAGAGAAAAGCGAUCUCGAUGAAGAGCAAGAACAAACGACGAUUAAAUCGAUAGAACGCAUACAAAGCGCAAUGUGCCGAAUUCCCGGGAGCAACUUGCUGAUAGUGUCACAAGAAUCAGGGUACGUGAUCGUAGAAAUGAUAAAACAUCGUUGUUGCUGUUGUACGGAUCUGUUCUCCACCGAACGACAGCUCGAACAACAUUUGGAAGAACGAGACAAAGCCACGAAUAUCACACACGACCCACACGCGAAGUACGCUUGUGAGUACUGUGGAAAACAGUUUGCGUACUGGCUGGUGUACGUGUGCCACAAGCGCAUGCGAGAGCAACGUCAGUUUUACAUGUGUACGCUGUGUGAUGCGCUGGUCGACUCCAAGAAGCGCAUGAUCUCGCACAUGCUAAUGACGGACGAGCAUGCAAACUAUUUCAACCUUUGCCGGGAAAGCAUCGCGGAUCGAUACGAAGCAGUCGCACUGCCCGGGACAAGAUGCUGUUGCUGUAAGAAGUAUUUUGAUGAUGAUGGGGAGCGGAUGGAACAUAUUAAGCGUAUGCACGGUUCGCCUUUGCCGAGCAGUUCCGUGUAUAAGGUACGCAAAAUUUCAUACUGCUGUGGUGUUUGUGGACGACGGUUUCGAAGCGAGCGCCAUGUGGAAUUUCAUCUUCAGUAUACGGUGGACGUUACGCAAUACUAUUGCAAGUUGUGCGAUUUUCAAACGUAUAAUCCAAGACGAAUGGAACUGCAUCUGUACAGUGGAAUUCAUCGCGAGACGUUACCGGCAUCGAUAGAGUUAAAACCACUGGAGAACAACGUGUCGAAAGCAUCCCGCUUACGGCGGUACUGCUGUUUCGAAGGAUGUCACAAACAUUUCCAGGGAGAACCGGCUCUACAGCAACACAUAAACCAGUCCCACCAGCAGGUGUUAACAGCGAACCGGAUGCAGACGAAAAGGUUAAACCAAAUAUUGCAAUCUGAAUCAUACCACGAAUGCAACGUUUGCAGCGUACUGUUCAAGAACAUUGGCGCCCUUCGAUCACACCAAGCACCAAACACCCAGGAGGGUUUCGUGUGCUCAGUUUGUGGCAUAACUAAAAAAACCCGUACAGCGUUACAUACCCACGAGCGAUCACACACCGGUGAGCGACCGUUUAAGUGUGAAGAUUGCGAUAAAACGUUCGCCUCGAACCGUACGCUGGUUUCGCACCGCAGCUGUCACAUACCGGGCCAGCAUAAGUGUGACCAGUGCGGUCGUGCGUUUAAUCGCAAGGAGAACCUUAACCGACACAUUGCGCUCAAGCACGGCGAAGCGACCAUCCAGUGCGACGUUUGUCCGAAGAAGUUCAAAACGAUUACCGUGCUGAACAUACACAAACUGUCGCACACGGGCGAGAAGCGGUUCAACUGUCGGACGGAAACGUGCGACAAGCGGUACCUGACGGUGGCCGAUCGACGGCGGCAUGAGAUGUCGGUGCAUACGCUCGAACGGCCGCAUAAGUGUUCCUUCUGCGAUGCGGCCUUCAUCCGGAAACGUCAGCUGAUGAUACACGAGCGACGUCAUAGGGGCGAUAAACCGUUCGUGUGUCCGAGCUGUGGGAAGGAUUUCGUCGAUGGGUAUCCGUUGCGAAUUCAUAUGCGUAAUGUUUGCAAAGAAGCGGCUUAA